AGGAGUCUGAUCUAACAUCGACGUACGAUGAUCGACGGAGGGGUUUUCGCAAACGGCAUUCGCAUGGGCGGGGAUGUUCUCGAAAACACUGGUAGUUUUUAUUUAAGUCGGUAAACAUGGAUAUCUAACGCUGCUCACAGAAACCAAAUGUCAAUAUAACCGCAAGCAGCGAUUACGGGGCCAAGCGUGGUAAUUAGACGAGCAAAGUAAGGAGAUAAGCGAGCAUGAUUUUAGCAUGGUCGUGAUCUUAUGACGAGCCGUUCAGGGUUCAUGAGCAUUUAUGGGUGCUUUUAUUUCGCACUGUGUUUGGUUUGAAUAUGCUAAAGCGUUCUAGAUGGAGCAUCACGUCCGUUUUGGCGUGCUCACUUUCAGAUUCGUUUGUGCGUCGUUCGUGGACGGUUCGACCGAUCAGCUGGAGUUCAGGGACUUUUCGUCGGCGUGGUCUGCAGAUCUCUUUCGAUUUUGGUGAUGAACGGUUUAGGGGGAGUUUGAAAAAGUUGGUUUUUUUUUUUUACUUGAUUCAAAAUGGCUGACGGCGAGGUCGGGUUGACCGUGGCCUGAUUGGUAUCGUUGAUCUCAGCCCGAGUUGAAGAAUCUCGGAAGACCAGUCACAUGACCAUGGGCAAAAGUAAUCAAAAGCUAUUAGCAUUUUCAAAAAAAUAGUUCUCAUUGUUGACCAGAAGGUGCCGCUGUUCCAGAACAAUGCAGGUACCCUCGAGUCACGAUGCCAAACGCGAGCCCUGAGUUUUCAAACUAAAACGGGGUCUUCGGCGUUUCCGAAAGUCGAGGUAAAACGCCGGGGUAGCGUAGACGACAGGUGUAACCGUAGCAACAGUUGUGUGUUUUAAAACGAGAUUUAAGCUCGUGUAAACAGGGCCUGAGCGUGCGGAGACUUCAGUUUAUAAUAACUGUUCUCUAUUUGAACGUGUUGUGAAACGCAGUUUAUUCCUGUGAUCAGUACUCCAGUCUUCAGUGUCACAUGAUCCCUCAGGAGUCAUUCUCAUACGCUCGUUUAAUCCGCUGAUCAAGAAGUUGUUGUUAAUAAUAAUAAUAAUAAUAAUAAUAAGAUGAUGAUGAUGAUGAAGAAUCGGUUGCAUGAUGAGAGAGAACUGAAGUGUCCAGUGCUCAUAGAGAGAGAGAGGCGAGAGUAUUAGAGAAGGUUGUUAGGGGGCGUGUACCAUUUUCCGUAGAUCCCCUCGUCACAUGACCGUACGAACAGCGCGCGCUAUGAAUGAUCUGGUCCAGGAGACCCUGUGCCCCUCUUUUAUCUUCUUAUAGAUUACAGGGCGGGAGGAUGUGAGUUUUGAGUUGUCGUGUUUGAGUAGACGUUCCGAGCUUUCUUUAGACGUUCGGUUCGUGUGAUGAGUAUUCGCAGAGUUUCGGCUAGUUUUUGUGACGUGUUUCAGAAAGAUUCUCGUCGCCGUCGUUGUUCGUGACGACAAUGCCGUGCGGGCGAAAAUGCCAGAGUGUGUGAAAUUGUUUCCACUGGUUAAAGUGUUUCUGUAGAUUGUUUACUCUGUUAGACUGUUGUGUUCAAGUCUCUUAUCUAAAGUGGCGUUAGCGUCUCAACCCGUCUGAUCUCUCCCGAGUCCGGGCGCCCGGGGGAACUCUGACGGUCUGCACACAGCUGCUGGUGUUUCGGGUUGAGUGUGAUUUCUUCAGCAGGUCCGGGACUGCCUCGGUGCCGGUAUUUCAGUGACGGUUGUAGCUGAAGACUCCACAGCGAGCAGCAGCUGGCGUCGUGUCCGUGACGUCUGUUCUUCACGUGAGGCUCCUGAGCCGCGUGGACGAUCCCGUGGAGAUCCAGGCCGGUGACUCUGAGUGGAGACGAGCACCCAGGUCCCAGGAUCCAGUCCCACUCGACUCGCCGCCAUGGCUUAACACCCUGCCUUCUCACUUGAAAGCCCCACCCCUUCCUCCCUCCCCUCCCGACCCACCGCCUCCCCCCUCCCCGUCUUCCUCAUCUUCCUCGUCUUCUCCUAGUUCCAGCGUUCCUUACAGAGAGAUGAGUCUGAACCAUCACCAGACCCAGGACUCGGAGCGGGAUCUUCCCUCCUCCUCCUCCGUCAGAAAGACACCCAAAAAGCGGGGCAUCUCGCUCCGUUCGAUUUUCCGAAGACGCCGUUUGGACACGAAGUCUCGCAAAUCACGAGCGUUGGCCAGCGGCGUGGACGGCAUCGCUAGCGUCGAGAACGUGGUCCAGUCGGAAAUGCAGCAGCAGCAGCAGCAGCAGCAGCAGGAAGUAGCGUCCACGUCAUCCUCCGCCUCCUCCACGUCUUCAGAGUUCCUGGAAUGUCCCCUCUGCCUGCUGCGCCACGCCCGAGACCGCUUCCCUGACAUCAUGACGUGUCACCAUCGCUCGUGUGCCGACUGUCUGAGGCAGUACCUGCGCAUCGAGAUCUCCGAGAGCCGCGUGAACAUCAGCUGCCCCGAGUGCUCCGAGCGCUUCAACCCCCACGACAUCCGCAUGAUCCUCGGAGACCGGGCCCUCAUGGAGAAGUACGAAGAGUUCAUGCUCCGCAGGUGGCUCGCCGCUGACCCCGACUGCCGCUGGUGCCCCGCCCCCGACUGCGGGUACGCGGUGAUCGCGUUCGGCUGUGCGAGCUGUCCGAAGAUCACGUGCGGGCGUGAGGGAUGUGGGACGGAGUUCUGUUAUCACUGUAAACAGCUGUGGCACCCCAACCAAACGUGUGACGCGGCCAGACAGCAACGAGCUCAGAGUCUGAGACUGAGACCCUUCAGAUCCUCCUCACUGAGCUACAGCCAGGAGAGCGGCGCUGCGGCAGACGAUAUAAAGCCCUGCCCACGCUGUGCUGCUUACAUCGUCAAGAUGAACGACGGGAGCUGCAAUCACAUGACCUGCGCUGUGUGCGGCUGCGAGUUCUGCUGGCUCUGCAUGAAGGAGAUCUCCGACCUGCACUACUUAAGUCCUUCAGGCUGUACGUUUUGGGGUAAGAAGCCGUGGAGCCGGAAGAAGAAGAUCCUGUGGCAGUUGGGGACGCUGGUCGGCGCACCCAUCGGCAUCGCGCUGAUCGCCGGCAUCGCCGUCCCCGCUAUGAUCAUCGGGAUUCCGGUGUACGUGGGCAGGAAGAUCCACAGCCGCUACGAAGGAAAGGAGAUCUCCAAGCACAAGAGGAACCUGGUGAUCGCCGGCGGAGUCACGCUGUCAGUCAUCGUCUCGCCGGUGGUGGCCGCCGUAACCGUCGGUAUCGGAGUGCCCAUCAUGCUGGCGUACGUGUACGGCGUGGUUCCCAUCUCUCUGUGCCGCAGUGGAGGGUGUGGCGUGUCGGCGGGGAACGGGAAAGGAGUGCGCAUAGAAUUUGACGACGAAAACGACAUGAACGUGGGAGGAGGUGCAGCGGCGACCGACUCUACGUCGGUGGCGGAGACGAGGCAGAACGCGAGUAUCGGAGGCAGCGUCGGCGGUCUGACGGGCAGCCUGAGUGCCAGCGGGAGUCACAUGGAGCGAAUCGGAGCCAUGAGGGACAACGUGAGCGAAAAUGCCAGCACCAUGGCGCUCACAGGAAGUCUGUCAGGCAGCACCGUGGGCCACUGCUUCAACAGGCUGGAGGUUCAGGCAGAUGUACAGAAGGAGCGCUGCAGUCUGAGUGGAGAGUCCGGCACGGUCAGUUUGGGGACAGUCAGUGACAACGCAAGCACCAAAGCCAUGGCUGGAUCCAUCCUCAACGCCUACAUACCUCAGGACAGAGAGGGCAGCAGUAUGGAGGUGCAGGUGGAUGUGGAGUCUAAAUUGGGGAAGCUUCGACACCACAGCGGCAGCAGCAGCAUGGAGGAGGGCAGCACCGGGGGCCGCGGCAUCUGCCCCUCGACCUGUCCCCAUGAGGGCAAAUACGCCUCAGGGAAGAAGAGCAAAGGCAAGAUGCGCAAGAAGACGGGCAGCACCAAGAUCAACGAGACACGGGAGGACAUGGACGCGCAGCUGCUGGAGCAGCGCAGCACCAACUCGAGCGAGUUCGACUCUCCGUCUCUGAGCGGCAGUCUGCCCUCCGUCGCCGACUCGCACUGCAGCCACUUCUCCGAGUUCAGCUGCUCCGACCUGGACGGCUCCCGACCCCCCAACGCCAUCAGCCCUCUCCCCGAGGUGGAGAACGACCGGCUGGAGAACGGCCCCGCCACCCGGCCGCUCUGCUCCGCCCCUCUCAGCCCGGAGAGCUCUCCCAAAGAACGCAAUAACAACGUGGCUCCUCAGCCGAGCCCCCCGGCGCGUAACAUCUGUAUUCAAACUGAGAUUUAGCGCUUGAGCUAACCCGACGCUAGCUUUCCAUCCUAACCUGAGGUUGCGCGCACACACACACACACACACACACACAAUUCAUAAGUAUGAUGAUUUAAAAAAAAAAAAAAAAAAAAAAAAAGAGAGAGAGAAAAACGAAACACGAUUGAAGAAGUCUUCACUUUGUCAUGUUCAGGUGAUGAUGACAGGAAGUGACUGCGAGGUUGAAACAAAUAGGUUUGACAGUCUGUUACAGCAGGUGACUGACAGGUGCGGAUGUGAUGUUGGUGAUGACGAUGAUGUAGCUGUCGAUCACAUUAAUGCCUCUAUUUCCGCCGUGACGAGGGUUCGCGUCCGAGCCUCGCGAGCGUGUGCCGAUAUUCAGUCUCCGUAUCAGGACCACGCCCACUGACCCGAAUUUACAUCCGUCAGUUCAUUUCCUUUUAAACUGCUUUCUCUCACGCACAUGCACGAGUAGCUACUUCAGUCUUACAGUGGUUGCUAUGGUUAUGUCUCUGGAUUUCACGCUGUUCUCGUAUAAACCGCGCGACAACGGCUAGAAAACCGACCCGAUUCCAGCACCGUGUCCGAGAAAGUAUUAUUUAUGAUCGCCGUCAUGGUUACGUAGUAACAGAAAGUGUUCCCGUUGAACUUUUGACCAGAUCUGCGUCCCCCGUGUGUAUUUAAAAAAAAAAAAAAAAAACUCCACGUAUUAACGCUCGCUGUCUGACGGCGCGUCGAGUCUGAGAUCGAAACGUAAGAAUGU